UCACUUUAAACUUGCCUUGUCAGUCAAAAAUAGAAUCUUCUCUGCUCAGAAUUAAGAGUUCAAAAGGACCCAUCCCUGGAGGUGUUUACAGAAUCUCAGAGUAAAAUGGGAAACUAUUUCAGAAUGGGCUGAAUGCCUUGUGUGGGAGUGGCUGUAUGUUGCUCUUUAGAUCCCUGGCAUUUGGAAGGAAUCCUUCAUUCCUGCAAUUUCUAUUUCUAGAUAACAAAAGAAAUUGCAGGGAAUUUCUGGAAUAAAAAUUUUGUUCCAAGGCUGUCUUCUAGAAAUAAGCUGUGUGGAAUGUGUGCUUUUGGUGGGGUUUUGUUUGGUUUUUACUUACCAAUCUGCCAUGACCAGCUUGAACAAGAGAGGUGUCUUCAUGCUUUUCUUGCCUCUCCUUUUCUUGCUGUGGAAAGGAAUGCAUCUCUUCUUUUUUUCCUUAGGCAAAUACCAUUCCACCAAUUACUUAAAAUAUGUAUUUGAACUAAAACACAUGUUAAGGUACUAUUUAUGAACAGAACGAUAGAAUAAUGUUGGUUGGAAUGAACCUGAGGAGGUAAUUUCGUUGUAUCCAAUCCACUUCCCCACUUCUAUCAAAGCAAGGCUAGCUUUAGUAUUAGGUCAAGUUGCUGGGGCCUUAUCCAGUCAUUUCCUCCCCCCUGUUCUUUUACAUUCUCCAUAAAGGUACUUAGCAGGAAUGUUCCUUUUGGCACUAAGAAAUUGAGAUUAGAUACUUUGAUAAAUCAGGCUGGAUGUUUGUGGAAUUCUGUAACAGCUAAUGUAGGGCACACAAGGGAAAUGGCAUGAUGGCUGCAAGUCUUCCAGCUGAGGAUAAUCUGAAGCAUUAUGAAUGAGACGUAUUUCUAGAUCUCAAGAGGUCUCUUCCAACCUUGACAAUUGUAUGAUUUAUUGAGGGUUGCUCCACCAGAAUAAUUCAGCUUUGAGUUGCCCUAUUGGGAGUAUACUAAAUAAUGUGUACUAAAAAUCCACACAGCCCCACUAGAGAUACUGUCUAGAUAGAGAUACUAUCACCAAGAUAAAGAUGUUCAAAGAGAAUUUUCUUUUAAAAUGAUGAGCAAUGGAAGUCCACACACAGAUACUGUCUAUACCUUAUAUAGUUAUUUAUUCUUCCUUAAAACCUAAUACUGUGUUGCUGUAGAUGUGUUUUACAGUACAGUUGGCUGUCAUCCAACCCGCUGUGGAGAAUUUGAGCAGAGUGGUUCUGAACAGUAUUUAUCUGAAUUAAAAAAUCUGAUUGAAGAAAACAAGAAAAAGGUGAUAGCAGUUGGAGAAUGUGGCUUGGGUAUUUUGAAAAGCAGUUUGAGCUGUCAGAGCAGACACAACUGCCCAUGUUUCUCCACUGUAGAAACUCACACGCUGAAUUCUUAGACAUAAUGAGAAGAAACAGAGAUAGAUUUGUGGGAGGGGUGGUACAUUCCUUUGAUGGCACAAAGGAAGAAGCAGCAGCUAUAAUAGAUUUGGAUCUUUAUAUUGGAAUAAAUGGCUGUUCUCUGAAAACAGAAGCCAACUUGGAAACACUGAAAUCAAUUCCCAGUGAGCGGUUAAUGAUAGAGACGGAUGCACCUUGGUGUGGAGUGAAGAACACUCAUGCUGGAGCAAAAUACGUUAAAACUACAUUUCCUACAAAAAAGAAAUGGGAAGUAGGGCACUGCCUGAAGGACAGAAAUGAACCCUGCCAUAUAAUUCAAAUACUGGAAAUAAUGUCAGCAGUAAGAGAAGAUGACCCGCUUGAGUUGGCCAAUACUCUAUAUAACAACACUAUUAAAGUCUUCUUUCCAAAUAUAUAAAGUUGUUUUUCUUACAUUUAUUCAGUACAACUUUACUAAGUAUAUUGCAAAACCUUAAAAAUUAUCUUAUCUGCAAGUUCUUAUUAAUGGAAGCCAGUAUGUAGCUUUAUUUUUUUCCCUAUGGUACAAGAUUAAAGCUGCUUUUGAAAAGGUG